UUCAGACCUCACGUAGCCGUGCAUCAAACACGCGACCGCUUUCACAGAAGGAACAGUCUGCCGCUUUCUUCACGACGCCACGAUCUGCAACUGAUCGAACAUUCCUCGAAAUCGGUCGUCUAUCGUUCACGGAGCUGUGCUUGUGCGCCCGGCGAUCGGUGCGACUGGCCUUCUCAAUCGUGACCGCGCUGUCGCCCGCCCAUCUUCCGUCCGUCCCACCAACCGUUACGCCAUAGAGCGAUCACACACCCUCGCCGACCAUCCAUAUCAGCUCAGCCGACGUGACCAUGGCGCAACCUCCGAGCUCUGGGAACCCGGUCAUGAUUCGGCCAGAGCAGAUCGACCAGCUGCCAUUCCUUGACGCUCCCUCGAAGCUCCAGUAUAAGCAAGGAUUGACGCAGAUAUGGAAUCAGUUCAACAACAGCCCGGAAGGCAGUGACCAGCGCAAAGAGGCAGAGACAAAGAUUCGUACCGCAAGCAGUCGACUCAUGGCUCAGCUUGCGAACAGGAAUCGCCCAAACUCAGCGCAGGGCCAGCCUGGGCAACAGAACCAGCAGCCGCGACCGGCACAGCAGGGCGGGCAGCCACAGCAGAUGUCGCAGCAACAGCAGGGACAACAGCCCGGCCAGCAGGCUGGUCAAAUGACCCAGCAGCAAAUGGCGCAGGCUCAAGCGGCUGCUCGCGCGCGACAGCAAGGUCAAGGAGGACAGGGCGGCAAUGCGAUGGGAAACCAACAACAACUUCCUCAGCUCAUGCCAAAAUCGCAAGAAGAUCUCGACAAUGUCGUAUUGACGAUUCCUGCAGAGCAACAGCAAGCCUGGCGCAACCAAGCCCACUCCAUCCUCGCCAAGCGCGAUCAGAUUUUGAACCAGGCGCGCAGCGUACAGAGCCAGCUCAGUAGAUAUCAGCAAUCACAACAGCCAGUACCGGAAAACAUGCGGAAGAAUUUUGAGGCCGCAAAGCAGGCGGUCGCUACUGUGAACCAGAACUGGAACAAUUGGAAGGCACGUGGCGAAGGCAGAGCCGAUGGUGCUCAGCAAGCCCGUCCCGCAACUCAGCAGGGCGCAGUGAAUGCUACGUCGCAACAGCAACAGCCGGACGCCAAGCCUACAAAUGGAUUGCCUUCUCCCCCACAGCCACAAGCUGGCUUCCAGCAGAAUCAACAAGGCGCUUCUCAAAACCAACAGAACGCGCAACCGCCGCAAGCCGCAAAUCAACAGCAGAUGGCGCAGAGCUCGGGUCAACCGCAGCAGCAACCGCAGCAGCAGCAAAAUUUUCCACAGCAGAAUAACAUGGGCUCGCAGAUGCAGCAGCAACGGCCACCGCAGAUCAACACGAGCAUCCCGAACCAGGCUGCCACUGGUCAGCAGUCCGGCGCGCCGCAGACGGCGAUGCCCAACAGUGCGGGACAGAAUGGUCGGCAGCCACAGCCUCUUACUCAUCAAGCUGCUAUGGCGUCCGCUGCCGAGUCCUAUCAUCGCGAAAACCAGCCUCAGCAACAGGGGCCGCAGGCUCCUCAGAUGCCCAACGGGCUCCCAUUCAGCACGCAGCCGAACAAUACGUCGCAGCAGAAUACGCCCACCUACCCAAAUCUGCAGACAACACAGCAAAGCAGCGCCAACACCAAGUUCCCGAUCCCGAAAACCCUUCAACUCGGACCACAGACUCAGCAGCCCGUGCCUGGCCCGCCUGCGCGCCCAACAUACAACAAUGCCGGCAUGAUGCAGCAACCUGGCAUACAGCGCCCGCCGCCCUUCACUCUGGAGGGCGAAGGCGACCGUGUGCUGAGCAAGCGCAAACUGGACGAGCUCGUGCGGCAAGUGACUGGCGCUGCGCCAGCAGCCUCGGAUAGCGAAUCAUCCAACGUUCUUAGCCCCGAGGUGGAGGAGGUCAUGCUGGAGCUCGCCGACGACUUCACGGAUAGUGUGCUCGGAGACGCUUGCAAGCUCGCAAAGAUGCGACCCAACCAGACACUCGACAUUCGUGAUAUUCAAAUCGUGCUCGAGCGCAAGUAUGGGAUCCGUAUUCCAGGCUACAGUUUGGAGGAGGCUAGAACAGUCAAGAAGUUCCAGCCUGCAGCUGCGUGGCAGAACAAGAUGCAGGCUGUGCAAGCAGCGAAGGUCAUGGGAGGAAGAGAUCCUUAGACAACAUGCAUUCGUGCUAUCAUCAAUAUUUCAUCAAGGUGCAGAUGUCGCUUUGGCAUUUGUAAUCACGGUUCAGGUUGAAGAAAAUGAGGGAUCUGCUUUCAGCGAGGCGUCAAGGCAUCGGGAAAUACCUAUUGUACUUAUAGCACAGAGUCACACAGCUUGAAUCAGUUUGGAACAGCAUGCAUUACGUUGUCAGAGAGCGAACUUUCCACAUGCCCGACGACCCUGCC